CAGAUGCUCAAGUCAUGUUCACGGCCCUUUGUCUCUGUCCAUCUAUCCGUCCAUCGUGCGUCCCUUGAUAGGAACCUCGCAUGUGUCGCUGUUGCUUGCCCAUCCAUCCACUGGCUGUGUCCAGAAAAAAAAUCCGAUGCCGGCCGGUGGCGUGCUUUCCGUGUACCUUGAGCUUCCAUGCUCAUGCCGAAACGAAGCGUUUUGGCGUGUCAAUCUAGAUCUUCCGCCAGCUGCAGAUGCACAGCUCGAUUCGAAUGGGAAGCAGGCAGAAUGAAAGCUCAAGACAGGUGGAUCUGCCACGGUUUAUUACAAGAGCGGAGAAAGUGGCGCACAGGCGGGGCUUUCUCUGCUUUCCGCGUCGACGCAGCUUUCAGAAGGUCGUGCAGAAGCCGUUGCUGUCGUUCACUGCAUCCGACUAUCGUCUGCGCUAACCUCUUUCGGCUUUCCCCCUAGCGUCGCGCGUCCCAAUAAGAGUAUCACUUUCGCCAUGUCCCGUCCCGCGCCUCUCGAGUUCUUUCCUCCCCACCGCCCCUUCGCUGCAGGACCGUCUGGCAGCCCAGGAUCAACAACACCGAACACCCCACACGACGAGUCUCACUCCGCGCCUGCUUCUCCACCGCACACCCCGCGCUCGCUGUCCUUCCUCACUCCUCACACACCCGCUCGCUCUGCAGACCCUUACUCCCACGCCGCUAUGACCACCCCUAACCCACCCGCUCAAAACCCGUUCUCCCCGCCGGCCUCGGUGCAGUCUUUCUCCGCCGAGUACCCGUUCGCGGGCUCUCCGGGUUCGACCCGCGCCAGCAGCGUUGUCGACGUUCGUCUCCCGCGCACCUCGUCCUGGAUUAGCACCAGCGGCCAACAGCCCAUGGAUCAGCGCGGGUCGUUCAGCUCCAAUCGUCCAGGAACAGGCUCCAACCCAGGAUCGCUCUCCAAUCCGGGCACAGUGGGUGUUACACCGGGCAACGUUACACCAGGCGGUCGUCGCGAUACGUUCGCCUCCCCGCCCUCCCGGCCGAUGACCAUAUACGCGCAACCGAGCUACACGAGUGCCCGCCUGCGACGUGAGCGUCCCAAGAGCACUGCUAUUCUCGAUCAGAGUCCCACUCCGAGUGAGGACGGGAAGAAGAAGGAGAAGGGCGCACGCCCUGUGCUGACUACCAAGCUGGACAAGCCAUGGAUCACCAAGAAAGAUCCGUACUCGCGCGUGGCUUACUGGAUCACUUAUCUGACAAUUCUUCUCUGCGCGUUUUUCUUUCCUGGUCAAGUUACCGCUCUCAUUCAUUCUCCAGGUGCUGGUGCUGGUGCGGCGCGAAUCUACACGGGGUGGAAGAGCGUCUUGCUCAUUACGCAACCUCUUUGUCCUGUGCUCAUUGAAGACUUUUCAACUGCGACAACUGAAUCUCUCUUCGGGACCGGUGUCGCCGGGGACGGGGGCACAUUUUUCCGCGAGGUUGAUGCCAGCGGGUUCGGUAACGGCGAAUUCGAGAUGACAUCCAACUCGGACAGCAAUUCGUUCGUGUUGAACAACCAGCUGUACCUGGUGCCCACAUUGACGAGCGAUGUCAUUCCACUGUCCAACAUCCUCGACGGCGCAGUGUACAAUGUUACGGGCUGCACGUACAACAUCACCCACUCGACAGGUUACACGACUUCAGGACACGGCAGCACGGGUAUCAACACGACCGAGGGAGAAACUGGAUCCGGCGGAAUUGCCCCGGAUGCUCCACUCGAUCUCCCGGCCUACCUAGCCGCGUGCUCGGCUGUUUCGAAUGCGACGCAGGGGAAGAUUCUUCCGCCGGUCAUGAGUGCCCGCAUUAGCACGCGACGCAGUGCGAAGAUGAAAUUCGGUCGGGUCGAAGUGCGAGCGAAGCUUCCCACCGGUGACUGGAUGUGGCCUGCUAUCUGGAUGCUUCCGGUGGACAACGCGUACGGCGGAUGGCCACUCAGUGGGGAGAUCGAUAUCAUGGAGGCGCGCGGUAAUGGACCGAGUUAUCCCAAACAGGGUGUCAACUAUGUUCGUUCCUCGUUGAAUUGGGGGCCUGCCACGUUCCUGGACGCCGUUGCCAAGACGUAUGGCUGGUGGACGGAACGUCGCAGUCGUUAUGAUGAGCAAUUCCACACCUACGCCCUGGAAUGGACGGACGGCUUCAUCCGGAUGUAUGUCGACUCGCGGCUGACGCACAUGCUCGAGCUCAAGUUCAACAAACCGUUCUGGGACCGGGGCAACUUCCCCACGGUCGUGCAGAACGGUUCGGAGAGCGUGGUGCUGCAGAACCCCUGGAUCAACGGAACCAAUGCUGCGCCAUUUGACCAGGAGUUCUAUCUGAUCAUGAAUGUUGCUGUUGGAGGGACGAACGGAUGGUUCCCCGAUGGACCGGAGAAACCCUGGCUCGAUGGCUCGGCGACUGCGCCAUUGGACUUCCUCCGAGCUCAGAGCCAGUGGUAUCCCACUUGGCCUCAAGACGUCAAGCAACGUGCGAUGGUUGUGGACUCGGUCAAAAUGUGGGAGUUGUGCUGAGGUCAUGAAGAGCGGCGGCCUGUAUGCGCAUAUAUUGUACACUGCUCCUUCCUAAUCACCUCACGGACAUGAUCUUGGCUCUUCUAUCCACUCUUUAUGAUAUCAUCCAUACAGCCCACCUGGUCGGAGAAGUUCCAACACAUACAUACACAUGGUUUUCGCAUUAUAACUAUCUAGAAUGAACCGUCUUUACCUCGGUCGUUGACCUUGAAUCGGUCUUGUGAUCGUCCCCAGUUCAAAAAGACCAGGACGAAAACAGGAUCUAGGUUUCACGUCCGUACAGGGGGGUACCUGCAGUGUAAGGGCAGGAAUGAAAGUGUCGCCGCCGAACUGUCGUUGUUCCCUAUGGACUUGCACAAACUGAGGUCGAUGCUGAUGCUGGUAGGAGUACAUGAGACACUGUAGCGUGCGCUGGUGGAAUCGGAAGUUUUCUAUGCUGAGCGUGGGGAAGUCGUCGCUGGUCGCGGGGGUGAAGUACUCCAAGUUAUCAGGGUCUUGCAAACUGGUCAGAAAGAUCAAAUUCACGUGCUUGAAAGUACUCAUUCGCUGCUAGCAGCUUUCUGAAAGUGACAGUUAUGCCGGUCGCGUCCUUCAACCAGUCGUUCUCAGCUAGCGCUCGUUGCGCGUCAACCUCCCCUGUGAUCUGCGGAAAAUCUUCCCUCUCCCAGUCACGAACGGUUCCGCGGGCACGACACUAACUCGAUUGUCGCAGUCACGUCGAUUGUGGCGACUGUCGGUUUUCAGCGCAGCAGGCGACUUGAUGCUCUCUUCCCAGCAAUUUUUUUCGAGACGGUCUGGCGGGAGGGUUUCUUCGUUGGGUGCAGAUCCGUGAGUGCGGUCAGCCUCUCAAUCAGUGUGAUAUGUUGACCAUGAAGAACGCCAGUCGGAGCAUGGCUUGGUCAUGGACCACGACAUAAGCGAAUGGCAUUCAUAGACUCACAGCUGGAUUGGGUAUGUUCCACUGGAUCCCAGCUGAAUAGAGACUAAUCGACAAGCAUGUAAGUAGAGUGGUAUUGCCGUGGCGUCGAGACCUAUGAACUCAGUCACCUCCACUGCUCUACAGAACUCGGCAACCUUCAGCCCAGCAGCAGUGCUCUCCGAAGAUGACGCAAUCCAGCUGUGCUUAUCGUCCACGGGGUGUUACAACUGGGACGCUCCAACGAUCCUGUCUAUCUGGGAAGCGCCAACUCUCGCAUGGCUCUCGAUCGCUCGACUCCGGUAUCAGAACUUCGGAGGGAGAGCGACUGGGCGACGAAUGAGAAUGGUAGUCCCGGGCCCCGCGGUAUUGAAACAGGUCGACUAUCUCGAGGCAUUCGGCGUGGGAGACGCAUGCAGCCUUUGGCCGUCUGAGGGCCGCGUCCAUCACUCUCUCGUAUAAAUGGCGAGCCCUCCGAGCAUGCUCUCUCUGAACCCCUCCUUCACGAUGUCGAUGUGCGCUCAGUCAUCUGCGCCUCCAUUGCCCGUGCACCCUUUGCGGCAUUCCCGGCCGUUGUAUGACUGCCAUCCUCUUCCGCCAACGAGCCCCCCUCCCCACUCCCCUGAUUCGGAAUCGGUCGACUCUGAUUUGGACCCGGCGACGGAUCCGCCAACUGCCUGCCUCGUUCUGACCUCGCCGCUUUUCCCUUGGAAACUCGAGAUCAGGCCUCACGCUGCCGAUAAAUACGUCUCCCUGGCCGCGGUCCGCGAAGCGGUCAAUAACUUUCUCCUCCAGCCAGUCUCGGAAAUCGAACUGGAGAGGUACUCCGCGCAGGAUGAAUCUCAACCAAGCACGAACUCGUGCUGCUCUAUGCGCGAGCGCAUCACCUCUGCAUUCGAGAAACGAUGUGCAGACUCGCGUCGAGAUUUCGGGCGCGGCGCGGAAACGAUCGUGCGCUCCGUUGGGAUUCAGCGGACCGAUUUUCUCGGUGCAAGGGGAAUCGCUGUGGAUGACGAGCUUCGGGAUCUGCGGAUCAUAUCCGUGGACGGGGAAUGGGAACUUUGCUUUGACGGCGCCUGAAUUUCAAUGUGCUCAAUGCACUCUCUCACGCACAUGUAUAACACACAUGCCUAGUGUUCGAUAGCCUCUAAUGGAGCUGCGCAUUGACACUGAAACAGCCGAGUCUGCUAGGAGAGGUACCCGGUCGGUGUCUCACCUCCGAAAGUAUUUGAGUCAAACGGACUGCGUGACGACCUCCAGAUGGCUCAGACCCAACCCCGAGUCAGAACUCUCUUCCCUCCACGAACGGACGGUUUCAUCGUUCCUCUCCCACCGCCGUCAAGUCGCUCGUGUGUUGCUAAUCAGGAGUUGGAGCUGAGCCCAGUGACAACCUUGCGGGAGAGACGCGGUUUCACACUCCAACUAUCCUUCACCGCAUCCUCGCCAUACGCGGCACGGAAGCCAAGAGCUCCAGUUUUGGAUUUGUCGGCGGGAGGACUAGACCGCUUGGAUUCGACGAUGGAUCAUUGUGGUCUGGGACCCAGAGGGUGGAUGUGCGAGAAGAGGACAGGGCUCUCGUGAAGGACUGUCGGGUUUUCCUUCAAUCGGUGACUUGAUGAGCUCCAAAAAGUUUCAGUCCGUCUGGUCUCGGAUCCGCUCCCAGUGAAUCAUUCAUCCUGUCGGUUUUGAGACUUGACAUCAAAAGACGGAAACACCAAACCACGAAGAACGAAACAGAUCUCUCCUUUGGAUUAGAUAGUCUUACGCAAGAGUGGCCCAUAGCAGGCAUUCACGUGGAUUCUCCAGAGCCCGGAGUAUGAAAGCCUUUGUCCAAGUCCCAUCUCAGAUACGGCUAUUCAGACGUCGGGGACUCAUCGAGGGUGCGUCCACCUGAGGAGCCAGAGAUAGCGGGCAAUAUCCAGGUUCCUGAAUGGACGCGCAUCACUUGCCGGUUUAACCUGCUCCCUCUCUUCUCUGGAUCUUUGAGUCGCAACCGGAAUCGUGGUUUAAGGUUUCGUUCAAACAAGGUAACCGAUCGAUCGAUAUGAUGCUCACGGAAUCCACACGCGCUCAGCUCGAGGAUUGUGGACUCGGACUUGCUCAGGGUGGACGGCUGAUCCUCCACCGGGGCUAGCAAUCUCAGGUUGCGUUAAACUAGCUCUGCAUGAGGCUUCUUCUGGUCAAGCAGGUCGUCCCACGGGUCUCUGAAAUGGACUAUGUAUAAAGCUUUGACCGGUCAUCGCUGUGAGCAAGUAGUGCUAUAAGUCGGAUGAUUAGUUCUUGAUGGCGAUCUAGGCUGACAGUCCCGAAGCAGACGUUGCGCUGACCACGCUCGUGGCUCAGGAGCAAGGGGAGUAUCCUUGGACGAAUCGUAAACUUCCCUGAGGAUGGACAAAGCGUCGCUUACUAGGGACCGCAGCAAUGUCGUACAGACCCGACGGCUGGUUGAAGUCCGGAUACAAACCUUGUGCACCGACACCGUCUUCGCUAACGUCAACCCCGGCACAAGUCCUGUCAUCAGUCAAUACUGGGUGAAAGGUCAGGUCCACUUACCCCCACGUCAGCACCCUGCACGUUAAGAAAGCGGUAAGGACUCGCAGAUGUGAUGAGACUACACUGAACCACUAGCGCGCACCUGGAAAAGAGGCGCCAUGGUAUUCAGAUCGUCGGUUACAAUCAAGCUGACGAGAUGCGUAUGUAGUACAAGAUUCGACGUGGGUGCAGAUCAAGACUGCAUGCGAGCACGCGAGGCUCGAGAUGAUCGUCAUGGUACCGGUUGUAUGAUCAAAAGACUAUUGAAACACCUAGCUGGAACUGGGAAAGAAAGUCUAGAGGGCGAUUAUCUCCAAGUCUAUAGUUGCCUUGCUUGUCAAGGCACUCUCCACACUCAUAAUUCGCUCUUUUUGAUGGCCUUGUUGAUCCGGUGACGCUGUUCCGUGUUCUCCCGAGGCGUGCGUGGCUUACAAUGGUACACUCGACCACACACGCGUCCCAUAAUCGACCACACACGCGUCCCAUCAAGCACGCUCCAUCCUUUUUUGUUCGUGCACUUCAUGUUCGCGUCUUCAAUAUAGCGUUUUAAACGGU